ACUCCCCUCCAUACCCAGUGACUAAUAGGAUAAUGACUGUUCAGCCUGCAAUACCUCCCUACAUGUCUCCAGUCUCGACAUACCAGGCUGCUGUGAUGUCUCCCUCUGUGGAUCCCUCCAUGUCACUGCACCCGACGGCCAUGAUUACUCAGCAGAUGGGACAGCUGUCAUUGGGAAACACUGCAGCG